AUGUCUACUGCCGAGGUCGCAAACCCAGUUGAUAGCAAUUCCCAGUCAGCUCAAGAUGUCCAGGAUAUGCUUGCGGAGCUGAAGGAAAGUCGCCAGACGGGAACGGCCACUGACCCUACUGCCGUCGAUAAUGACGAGGUUGCGCAAGCUAGCAACAAUGAGGAAAGCGUUGAUGAAUCAAAGUCGAAAAUGUUGGCUGAAGAAAACGGCGUUGAUAAUCCAGAGAACAAAAAGAACGGCGAAGCUGAAGAAGUGAAGAAAGAUGAAGGCAUUGGAGGCGAAAAUGGAGAAGGUUCACACGGGCAUCGACCACACCAGGGAGGAUAUAAAGGCCGUGGGGGCGCUAGAGAUCGUGGUGACUUCAAAUCUUACAAGCAGAACAUCAAGUCAGAUCUUGUUGCUCAGGAAGAGACUGAUGAUCCUGUACAGAUACGAAAACAGGUUGAAUUUUACUUCUCCGACUCCAACCUCCCUAUGGACAGAUUUCUUCUCUCACAAGUUGGCGGUAGCAAAAAUUUCUCGGUUGAUCUCAAAAUUAUUCACUCGUUCAAGCGCAUGCGGCAUUUUCAGCCCUUCUCCGCCAUCGUUGCUGCUCUAAAAGAAUCCACAUUUCUCGAACUGACAGACGACGACACCAAGGUCAAGCGCAAAGAACCAUUGCCAGAAACAAUUGAUCCUGAGAAAAUGGACCCAGACGCGAUCAAGGUCUUCGAGGACCGUGCCAUGCCUCGAAGUGUGUAUGUAAAAGGUUUCGGCGAAGAAGAUGUCAAGACGCAAUUCGAUAUUGAAGCUUUCUUUGCACCUUACGGCCCAUACAACGCCAUUCGACUUCGAAGAGCAAAUGACAAGGUGUUCAAAGGCAGUGUUUUUGUGGAGUUCGAUUCGGAAGAGACCCAGAAGAAGUUUCUCGACCUGGACCCAAAACCCCAAUACAAGGGUAAUGCUCUUCAAAUCAUGAGCAAGAAAGAAUACUGCGAGAAGAAAGUAGACGACAUCAAAUCAGGAAAGGUCAAACCGAGUGGACAACCGUACCGUGGCAGGGGCGGCCACCAAAAUAAACGAAAGCGAGACGACGAAGACGACCGAGAUUGGCGAGAGAGGAGAGAAGACGAUCGGAAAAAUGGCUUCAGGGAUUCGCGAAGAGGCGGGCGUGGUGGGCGUGGUAGGGACUCGAGGCGUGAUCAAGGGACAGAGGUUCGGAGAGAUGCUCGCGGUGUCCCGAUCGUCGAAAGCACCGAAGAGCCCCCUAAAGAUGAAAACAACGCCCGAGCCAAACGCGAAGCUGCUACAGCCGAUGCCCUCGCGAAAGCCAAAGCCAUGGUCGAGGCUGAGAAUGCGAAGAAGAAGGAGCCUGAACCUGAAGGCAAGCAAGAUGAUGAUGCUACAGACAAAGCCACACAGAAGGAAGCAGAAGCCAAAGUUAACACAGAGGUGCCUGGUGCAACAGCUGACGGGACGGCAGAGAAGCCAGAACUCCCUCCUAGCAAAAAACGUGGUAGAGAUGAGGCUGGAGAUGAGGAUGGUCUGCCAGAAGCAAAGAAGGUGGAUAGUAAGGUGGAGGGGAUGGAUAAGCAGGAGAAUACGGACUCAUGA